AACAAGAGAGGAUAAUUCGAAUAUUUUCCUUAUCCGAUUUUGCUUGCAAUUGAUAAAAAGAAUCAGGCAAGGAAAGCAUCUGUCUAUUGUCCUCUCUUAAUGAUGCUGGAGAUCUCUUGCCUUUAAUAAAAGUGCGCAGUUUAUCAAUAUAAAAAGCAUAUGAUUUAUACGAUGCUUUUUUUUUUUACUAGCUAUAUGUACUAGCACACUAGCGCAUAAUUUGAUAGGAAAAGUAUUUUAUCUCACCAUUAAUGGACUAUUUCUGAUUGAAUGCUAAUAUGCUCAUUUAUUGUAAAUAAAAUAUCUUUUUUAUUACAUCAUAUGUUAACACUGAUAAUAAAAAAAGCAUGCUGUAAACUGAGCUUGAGUCUAUAAUCUAGCAUCAUCUGCAUGAUCUUAAAUGCAACGUUGUUUCAACACGUCACUUCGAGACUUGAGGAGUUUCGAUAUGUACACAAAAGUUCACAGUUACUUUUAGUGGAAAUGGCAUUGACGUUAUAUUAUAAUAUUAAUAUUUCUCUCUUAUAUAUUCUUUAUAUACCUGUUCCCCCGAUAUGAAUACGUACCGAUACGUAAUUAUGCGACAUUUAAUAAGUUUCAGUAAGAAGCGAUAAGUGAUUGAGAUAUAAUGAAAGAGAGAUAACUUGGGUCUUAAACGGUGGAUGGUACAUCACGCGAAUACGAACGAUAUAUGACUAUUAGUAUGAAUCAUUUUGAUAUUGAUUUAUGCAUGUCGGAAAAGUUCUAGGCUUUUUGAAAAAUGAGUCCAAUUAGAAUUACUACAGUGGACAGUCUCGAUUACCGUUAUAUACCCAUCACAAAAAACAGCGUUAGUUUAGGUAUUAAAGCCAGCCACGAUGCAAGGAUUGCCUUACGGACACAUCUUUGUAGUGACUCCAAUGUAUACGAGAUUAUUAUCGGUGGAUGGGGAAAUACUAUGUCAGCAAUAAAAAAAAAUAAUGCAGAACCAGAUGUAGCAGAAGCAGAUACUAGGGAUAUAUUGAAUCCUGAUGAGAUGUGUGAUAUUUUUAUACAAUGGUCUUGCGAUGGAUUAUUAAGUGUUAGCCGCGAAGAUGAUUUAGAUAUGCCAUUCAUGUCUUAUAAAGACAGAAACCCAUUUGUUAUAAAUUAUAUAGGAGUUAGUACUGCUUGGGGUGCAACUGGAGAAUGGAGAAUUGAAGAAAGCCAGUUCAUGUCGCUAGCCAUCAGGCAACAAUUGGUGGACACGUGCCACUUCUGGGUGGACUUCAACGAGGCUUUUGGAUUGCCACGAAACGCGGUGAUGGCUUCUGAGGAUGGUUUGUACAUCGGUCGAGCACAUCACCAAAGUACCGUGACACCAGGUGGCAUUCGCGAUAAUAUCUGUAUCCUAGCGUGGGGCGGCAGAGUCCACGAGAAACGCGAGUUCCAAGUAUUGUGCAACAAAGAUGUGAACUGGGUAAAAUCUUGGGAGGGUAGCGUGCCUCUGUACGCACUGCCUGCCGGCGAGUCCGAGGAUGGUUGCGCUCUGUUUAUCGGCAGAGUGCUGCACGAGGGCGUUUACUAUAUCGGCAAGAUACAACCGAAUCACCAAACGUGUUAUAUACCGCUGAACGGCGAGGAAAUGCACUAUCUGGAGUAUGAAACUUUAGUCAUAAACGACAACUAUGGAGUCGAGUGUAUUGGAAGAUAAAGCGACAAGCGAUUUAGGAACAGAGCGUAUUUAUUUUUCCACGAGACAUCGACUAUAUCGAAAUAUUUUCUGUAUACUAUAGUUAAAGAUGCGAUUCUCUCUGUAAGACUUGCAAUGCAGUUGCAUAUAUAUAAAAAAAUAAUAAAACUUUUCUUCUUUUA